AUGCAGACCAAGGCCGCAAGGACGCGGACGGGGUCGGAACGGGCGGGCCUUCGCUCGCUUCUCCGCUUGCGCCGCCGCUUCGCUUCUGCAGCUCUCGGCUGCGCGCUCGCCCCCCGUCCAGCCUUGGCGUCGACCUCCCCAGCCCGUUGCAACGAUGCCAGUCCGGCGGCUGCUUUGCCCAUGGAAUCGAGGCCGUUGCAGACCGGCCACCCCGGGCUGAGCGAUGCAGAGAGAGAGAGAGAGAGGGAGACAGAGAGGCACAGCUGCACACAGCGCCCCCCGCCAGGACCGCAGGCGCGGGAGCACGCGGCCGAGCCGGCGGGAGCCUUGGGGCGCUUCCGGGACCGCCCCCGCCGCGGCUUGGGGAGGGCCCGGCUGCGCGGCGCCCGCGGGCGCCCGGCUGCACCUCCCGGCGGGGCCAUGCCCGGGGCGGCGGUGCGCCUGGUGCGCCUGGGCCGCGCGUCGCUGGCCGAGUCGCUGCGGGCGCAGGAGGCCGGCGUGGCGCGGCUGCUGCGGCCGGGCGCGGCGGCGGCGGCGGCGGCGGAGCGGCUGGUGCUGUGGGAGCCGGCGGGCCCGGUGUACACGGCGGGGCUGCGCGGGCCGGGCGGCGGCGCGGCGGCGGAGCUGGAGCGGCGGCUGCGGGCGCUGGGCGCGGAGGUGGCGCGGGUGGCGCGCGGCGGGCGGCUGACCUUCCACGGCCCGGGCCAGCUGGUGGCCUACCCGGUGCUGGACCUGCGCCGCCGCGGCCUGGCCCUGCGCGCCUACGUGGCCGCGCUGGAGCGCCUGGCCCGGGACGCCUGCCGCCGCCUCGGCCUGCCCGCCGCCCGCGCCCUCCCGCCGCCCCGCACCGGCGUCUGGCUGGGCGAGCGGAAGCUCUGCGCCAUCGGUGUCCGUUGUGGAAGACAUAUAACCUCGCACGGACUGGCUCUCAAUUGCUGCACCGACUUGACUUGGUUUGACCACAUUGUGCCUUGUGGCCUGGAAGGGUUGGGAGUGACCUCUCUAAGCCAGGAACUCCAGAGACACGUCUCCGUGGAAGAGGCCACAGAGCCAUUCCUGGAUGUUUUCCAAGAAGUCUUUAACUGUAGUUUAACUGAGGAACCAAGUUUAGAGGAAUGAUGUGCCCAGAAGGCUGAUAACAACACAAGAUCCCGGAUCGUCUGCUCUGUAAAUGUCAAAUUACGGUGUUUUCCUCCU